ACUGUGAGAAAGGCGUUCGAAAAAAUGUGGCACACGAACACAAUACUGUUAUUUUAUGUUGAAGCUUGUGGCCGGUCAGGAGAUGUCACUUUAAAUUUUGACACGUACCCCAAAUCAUUUUAAAUAAAGAGAAAUGGGCCAAAAAUUUCAAUAUGACGAGAGUGGGUCUACAUUUUUCUAUUUCUUAUUAUCAUUUUUAGUUCUUGUUCUGAUUCCGGCAACAUUUUAUUAUUGGCCAAAGAAGAAAAAAAGAGAUAUAUCAGAAGAGAAUAAGCAAUGCAAAUGUCCAGGAUGUGUGUCAAAAAGAGAAUAUUUGAAAGCAGCAGAACCAUGGAAGGGGCCAAAGAAUUUCCUAAUAAAACUCAUCAUAAUCGCUGGCUGGAUAAUUUUGAUUUUGUUGGCUUACAAAGUCUCCCAGUUUGAUUAUGAAAUGGCUAACUUUGACCCCUACGAAAUCCUGAAAAUUCCUCUAGGCGCCAGCCAGACUGAAAUCAAAAAAGCCUACAGAAAAUUGUCCUUGAUACUUCACCCUGACAAAGACACUGGUAAUGAAAAGGAAUUCAUGAAACUCACAAAAGCUUACCAGGCACUGACUGACGAAGAGGCACGGAGAAAUUGGGAGAUAUACGGAAAUCCUGAUGGGCCUGGAGCUAUGAGUUUUGGCAUAGCCCUACCAUCUUGGAUUGUAGAGAAAGAAAAUAGCGUUUGGGUUUUGGGGUUGUAUGCUCUUGUGUUUAUGGUAGCUCUACCUAUUGUGGUUGGUACCUGGUGGUACAGAAGUAUCAAAUUCACAGGAGAUCAAGUACUUUUAGACACAACCCAACUAUACUACUAUUUUUUUAAUAAAACUCCAAAUAUGGCUGUAAGACGUGUGAUAAUGAUUCUUGCAGCCAGUCUGGAAUUUGAUAAAAAACGUAAUUCUGAAAUCAUUGAAAGACAGUCAGAUAAUGAAGAAAUACCACAGCUUUUCAAAAAACUGCAAAAUUUGGGAGAGAAAAAUAAAGAAAGGCCACUUUGUUACUUGUACAGUAUAAAAGCGAGGGCAAUCAUCCAUGCUCAUUUGAGCAGGAUUCCUUUAAAUCCCAUCACGCUGGAGCAGGACAGAAAGUAUAUAAUUGGAAAAUGUCCUUAUCUGAUAAACGAACAAGUCAAUUGUGUCAAUCAGCUCAUAAUGUUGGCAUAUGCGAGAAGAAGUAAGUAUAGCUUUUUUGUUCAUAAGUAAAACAUUUCAGAAUUCUGUACA